GGUGGACAGCCAGAUUGUUUCUACAACCACUGUACAACAUGAAAGUAUUGUACAUCGCCAUCACCCUCAUUUGUGUGUGUGUUGCCUUGGUCAUCGUUAUCGCAAUCCUUUUGUGUUUGGAGCUACGCGAAGAUCGAAAAGAGCGACAGCGCGAAGCGCAACGUUUCCACUUUGAUGCCAUGUGAUUCGUGGAUCGCUCGAACCCGCCUUCUCACUUUCCUUGUCAACUGUGACGUGCCCCGCUGCACUCCACUUUGUGAUACCUGUUCUCCAACCAAUCGUUUACCCUCUGCCCUCACACAUUCCACACAUACACUUCGCCGUUACUUGGAGAGCCACACUCGCUUUUUGUUAUCUAGUUCGAUUUCACCUCUAUACAAACCUGUAUGUGAAGCGUUUCUGCUUCAUUGUUCGCCUCUGACCCCAGAGUUCACAUAUCCUCAUCCUUUCAUUUCCUCAUUGCGUCCAUUAUGCAAUAUUCUUUGUGCUCUCAUCAGUUUUUGAUCUCUGUUCAAAUCUCUUCUCUAACAAAUCGCCUCCAUUUUGAUACCAGACCUCGAACGCGUUGAAUGCCACAGGGUAAACGCUUACUCAUCAAUCACUAACCUUUUGACUCACGAAUUGGUAA